AUGACUUCCCUCUCCGUCAGUCGGAAUGCAUCCAAACUACCAGUUAAGGUAACGGGACUAGAUGACGGCACAACUAGAGGGAAGGCCUACAUUCCAGGGUAUCAGGGCUUCAUACCGUCCAACGUGCGCAACCCUUCCGUCGUUUCUCAAGCUUUGGGCAAGAAUGUUCGCGAGGCUUCCGACAAGAUCAUCAUGACUGAGAUCUACUCCCAUAAUAUUCCAGGUUACGAAGGCUACCAGCCUACAGACUCUACGAAUGAUAAGGGGCCGCGACAGCUGACAAGUUCGACAGUUUACGGUUCGGACUUCGCCGUUAGAAAUACGAACAUGGAAAAUUAG